GUUUUUCCUCUCCAUCGUCGUUGCGUUUGUCCUUCUCUACUGUACGACGUCGCGUCCAUCGUCGUCGAACACGACCGCCUUCUUGCGCCGUCAGUUACUGCUCAUUAUUAUUUCCGCGACAACGAUGAAGCGCAACACAUGUCUUUGGGUGGUUCUCACCACUUACCUGGUUCAACAAUGCUACUGCCAGCAACAAUUGAAGUCAUCCAAUGUACAGGAAGAUCCGUGCAAAGCCAAAAACAAGGUGGUAGCCGAUGCAGCUUACUGCGAUCGUUAUUGGGAAUGCGUGGACGGUCAGCCUGAGUUGUACGACUGUCCAAACGGUCUGGUUUUCGCAGGAAAACAUAGGGGUGUCACCGAGGGAUGUGACUACCCAUGGAGAGCGGACUACUGCGAGGGCAAAACUCAAGCCAACGGUCCAAUAGCCAGGGAACACUGCGAUUGGCUGUACGGAAUAUUCGGUCACGAGACAUCUUGCACGCGUUACUGGACUUGCUGGAAUAGCACUGCCACCGAACAGCUGUGCAUCGGUGGGUUGCUGUACAACGAGAAAACUCACUCUUGCGACUGGCCCGAAAACGUCGAUGGAUGCCAAAAACACCCUCUCUGCAACGAAGACGCCAACGGAAACGUACCACUGGGAAAAUCGUGCAAUAGGUACUGGCAGUGUCAGGGAGGUUACCCGAGACUGCAGAGGUGUCCGGCCAUGUUGGUGUUCGACAGGCGCACUCUAAGAUGCGUUGUGCCGCCCACUGAGGAUUGCGAGGUGCCAACCACACCUGCCCCGUCGCCCGACGACUUGCCGUCUAACGAAGAUGACGGUGAAGAGAACGUACCACAACAAGCUAAGGCCGCCGCCACCCUCGCACCGCAGCAACAGCGAAAUCAGCAACAACAACAACAACAGCAACAGCAGCAACCGCAACUUCACCAGCGGCAAGGUGGUCAGCCGCAGCAGAGACAGCAGCAGCAGCAGCAGCAGCAACAACCACAACAACAACAACAAUUGCCCGUCGCUGCGCAACAACAGCAACAACAGUUCCAACAGCAACAACGGGCUCAGUUCCAACAGCCCGCGGCUAGGACUGUCCAACAACCACAACAGCAGCAACAACAGCAACAGUUUGUGCCACAACAGCAACAACAACAGCAGCAGCAACAGCAACAGUUCGUGCCACAACAGCGGGCCCAACCACAACAGUUCCAACUGCCUCCAUUGCCGGUGCAACACCAGCAACAGCACACCGUGCAGAGGAGAGAAAACACUCCGGUAUCGUACGGCGGCGCCGAAGACGAUGUCGGUGACGACGUCGACGUACCGGUCGCGUUUUCCGAACACUAAACACAAUCAUUGCACUGUACAACUAACGUCGACACACCUACACACAUCUACACAUUUAGUAUAUUAUUAGAAUAUAUAGUUCAAAACGAAAACGAAUAUUAUAUAGCACCUACAUCGAAAAUACAAUCAAAUUCGAUACCUCCGUCAGAAAUGAUUUUGUUCGCGAAAUUCGAAUACCCACCUAUACUUACCUACCUACUUAACUGUCUACAAUAAAACGUCGAUUUUUCGAUUUUAUUUUCCGUUAGUUUUAGGCGAUUUUUCGAGGGUAUCCGAUGCCGCAUAAUGAUCACCACGUAAACUACACGUCAAUCAUCGUAUCGAGUUUCGUCGAGAAAUCGCGCAUUCGGUAGCUGCGAUCGAGAGUCUGAAAAUAUGUUUUUGUCGACAUCCAUUUCACAGAUACGUAAUAUAAAAAGACGUAUGCGGUGACCGUCGACGAAUCGUUUCUCUUGAUUAUCGAUAUAUUUCAGAUCCACUCGAUUUCCGUAUCAGUUAUGUGGGGUCCGUUUUGAAAACUACGCCUUUUUUCAGUUUCUUUAUAUUCGUAGCCUUGUAGGUAUACAGUCAGUAAACUACGUCUAAAGGUCGUAUCUAUGGGUUAUUUU